UCCUCUCCCGCCAAAGUAACGAACAGGGGCCUUGUUAAAUGGCAAAUGUUUAUCUUAUCUUUACUGCCAUACUUUUUCACGGUUGUCCCAAAUCAUCACCAAAACAUCUACACACAAAAAAAGACCACAGUUAAAGCCCCGCGUUAGUGCACGAUCUUACUGAAGAUGAUGAGGCUAUUAUAUUUUCAGACAAUCCCAAUUACACGGUGCUUAAAUGCGCAUGUGGUUCGGUAAUGGCAGCCAGCGGCUGGAGCUCCGUCCCGCGGGUGGUGUGUAACGUUACGUUACCUCCGUGUGCUUGUAUGGGUGGAGACUGAGGUCCUCCCUCAACAUAUAAUCAGACAACACGAGUACGCCGCCUAACCCCCCACUCCCCCCCAGCAGCGAACGUUACAUAUUAUCACAGCACUAUUGUUGUUUAGGGCAGAAGCUCUCGCGCAUAAUUCAGUUACGUUACGUCGGAUCAUAAAGUGAGAGAGAUGAGCGAGAUGCCCGAGGACAUGCCUGCAUACCUCAAUGAUGAGCCAGUAUCUACAGACGACAACGAAAACAAGGAUUAUACUCUGGCGCAGCCGGGCAUGUUCGGCAGGUUGGCGGGGGGCUUGUACGGUGCCACCAAGGGAGCUUUAGGGGCGACCGUGGGCGGCGUGACGUGGAUAGGAGGAAAGAGUCUGGACCUCACCAAGACCACGGUGUGCUCGGUAGCCGCUCUGCCCGGGAUCGGAGUGGGUCUGGUCAAAGGAGGAGUGUGUGCGGUAGCCGGGGGAGUGACUGCUGUGGGCUCUGCGGUGGUCAGCAAAGUUCCCAUAGGAGGAGUCAAAAAAAAGGACAAGUCCGACUGACAAGGAGGAGGAGAGUGAACGCACACAGCCGCGGCGCCACGGCUCGCACUGUGAGCAGGAAAAGAGCAGCACAGGACUCAAACGUUUGCUCUACACAUUUUUUGGUAACGGGAGUUUGGUAACUUGCAAAGACUCUCCUGCUUUUUAUUAAAGAAAACACGCUAUUAUCACCAGUGCCUGAAAUUGUCAAAUAAAAUGUCCAUGUUUCAGUUUUGAUAAAAAGUGACGACCCUGAUUUAUCCGUUGUACUUUACGCCAAAGUUAACUUUGGCACCAGAAGAGAGAGGCUCCUAAACAGUAUAAAAUUACUUUAAUUUGACUUGAAAGACAAUUCUUCAUCAUUGGUGAUCCGACACACUGACCGAGGUGUUUCACUUUCAACUCCCAUGGAUUAGAAAAUGUGUCCAUGGGAACUUAAGUUUGUGUUCAGUUAAUCGCUUCUGUUCAGCUCGCACAAAUGGACAAAGCUGUGAUCUUUGAGGUUGAGUCCAGUUCAAUAUCUAAACCACCUGCUGACCGUUUGAUGUUUUUACUGGUGAACUUGGUGAUGUGAAAAAUAAUUUGCCCCUGAUUAGUUUGCUUAUUUUGUAACGCAUAAAUUAUUGAUAUAAAACUAAUUUUAAUUUUAGACAAAGAUACCAGAGUCAAUACAAAUGUCAUUUUUAGGUUGGUUUUGAUGCCUAAAGUCAUCAUUUAAAACAUGCAAUUUGUAUUUAUUUGGGUUAUCAUUGUUUAAUAUUACAAUUAGUUUGAUCACCUGAAACAUUUAACUAUGACAAAUAUAGAAAAACAAUAAGAACCAGGAAAAAAGGGUGAAUGCUUUUUCACUGUAUGUGACAGGUUCAGUUUUCUCGGAAUAUUGCCUUUUUGUAGUUAUUGUGUCACCUGGGUGAAAGUGACUCAUACUUUUGAUACAGCAUCUGAUUUCUUACAAUGAAUAUUGUGUCAGUUUCAGAAUAUUGAGUAUUUUGAUAGCAAUUAAAAUUCCAGUUCAAUUCCAGUCCAGACUAUGAAUACUAUUUUAUACAUGACAUAUAUUUUGAAUAUUUUGAUAGUUACUGUGCCAUGUUCGUUGUAUUGUAUGUUCAAAUCAAACAAUGUUAACAUCUAUAUUUUAGACACAGAUGCAUCAUACAGUCAUAAAUAUAUAUUACAGUGUAUCAAAGCAUUACUUCUCAACCUGAACGUUGCCCAAAUGCUUUGUGUUUCUUAGCCAAUCUGAAGGCUGGAGUUUUGACUUUACGUUAUUAAUCUCAAGUGUCAACUGCAUUUUAAGAUGACAAACUUAGGUUCCAUAUUAUUUAAAGGAAAAGGUACCUACCUUAAACUGUAAAAUGCCAUUAGUCUUGAAUGCACUUUACAGAAUUAUGCUUUUGUUUAAUCAGUGUUGCAGGAUGUUUGAAAGUUUGUUGAACAAUCUGAAUUUUUGGAAACAUGGCAAUAUUGCAAAAAUGUUUAAAUAAAACAUGGUGGACGUUG